UGCUGCGGGCGGUUUCCCUCAGACGCAGGAGCGCGCCCCUCCCCUCCUGCCUGCGUGGGCCUGGCGGGGGCGGGGCUUCCGGGAGCGCGGGCGCCGUCGGGCCUGACGCGGCCGCGGGGACGAGGAUGAGGAGGGGGAACAGGACGGCGGAGGCCCUGCCCGGGGGCCGCCGGUAACAGACCCGGCGGGAAGGAGCCUGGCGAAGUUCUUGUCACCUCCCGCAGAGCCCCUGGCGCUGCUGUGGCGCUCUGGACCCCUCCGUGCUGCUCCUGGGAGCUGGAGAGGCCCAGCGGCGGCUGCUGCUGCGGUGCUGCGUGGCUGGUCGCCACCCACAGCCUAGCUGGCAGAAUCGGGCCCCUUCCGUCACCCUGCCCUAGGGGAGCAGCCUAGUGCCAGCAUGAACGAGGUGUCGGUCAUUAAGGAGGGCUGGCUACACAAGAGAGGUGAAUAUAUCAAAACCUGGAGGCCCAGGUACUUCCUCCUGAAGAGCGAUGGGUCUUUCAUUGGGUACAAGGAGAAACCAGAAACGUCAGACCACAGCCUGCCCCCACUGAACGAUUUCUCCGUAGCGGAAUGCCAGCUGAUGAAAGUUGAGCGCCCUCGGCCCAACACCUUCAUCAUUCGCUGCUUGCAGUGGACCACGGUCAUUGAAAGGACGUUUCAUGUGGACUCCCCCGAUGAGCGCGAGGAGUGGAUCCAGGCCAUUCAGAUGGUUGCCAACAGCUUAAAGAACCAGGAGCCCGAAGAGGAUCGGAUGGACUAUAAGUGUGGCUCCCCCAGCGACAGCACAGGGGCCGAGGAGAUGGAGGUGGCCGUGAGCAAGGCCCGGGCCAAGGCGACCAUGAAUGACUUUGACUACCUGAAGCUGCUUGGGAAAGGCACCUUUGGGAAGGUCAUCCUGGUGCGUGAGAAGGCCACCGGCCGCUACUAUGCCAUGAAGAUCCUGCGCAAAGAAGUCAUCAUUGCCAAGGACGAAGUGGCCCACACCGUCACCGAGAGCCGAGUCCUGCAGAACACGCGGCAUCCCUUCCUCACGGCCCUGAAAUACGCCUUCCAGACCAACGACCGCCUCUGCUUCGUCAUGGAGUAUGCCAAUGGAGGGGAGCUGUUUUUCCACCUUUCGAGGGAGCGGGUCUUCACGGAGGACCGUGCCCGUUUCUAUGGGGCAGAGAUUGUGUCUGCUUUGGAGUACCUCCACUCUCGGGACGUGGUGUAUCGCGACAUCAAGCUGGAGAACCUCAUGCUGGAUAAGGACGGACACAUCAAGAUCACCGACUUUGGGCUGUGUAAGGAAGGCAUCACGGAUGGGGCCACCAUGAAGACCUUCUGUGGGACACCAGAGUACUUGGCCCCCGAGGUGCUGGAGGAUAAUGAUUAUGGGCGGGCUGUGGACUGGUGGGGCCUGGGCGUGGUCAUGUACGAGAUGAUGUGUGGGCGCCUCCCCUUCUACAACCAGGACCACGAGCGCCUCUUUGAGCUGAUCCUGAUGGAGGAGAUCCGCUUUCCCCGCACCCUCAGUCCAGAGGCCAAGGCCCUGCUGGCCGGGCUGCUCAAGAAAGACCCCAAGCAGAGGCUGGGGGGCGGCCCCAAUGAUGCCAAGGAGGUGAUGGAGCACCGGUUCUUUGCUGCCAUUAACUGGCAAGACGUCGUUCAGAAAAAGCUCGUCCCGCCCUUCAAGCCCCAGGUGACGUCUGAAAUUGACACUCGGUACUUUGAUGAUGAGUUCACGGCCCAGUCCAUCACCAUUACCCCGCCUGACCGAUAUGACUGCAUGGGCUCUCCAGACUCUGACCAGAGGACCCACUUCCCCCAGUUCUCCUACUCUGCAAGCAUACGAGAAUAGGGUGGCAGCAGUCGGGCGGUGCAGCCCAAGAGAGACGGCGGGGCUGGCUGGACGGCGGGGGGGGCGGGCAGCAGCGUGCUCGCAGGUGGUCUUUGCGCCUGGCUGCUCCGGCAGUGCCUCCCUCCCUCCCGGGGCACUGAGCAGCCUCUUGCAGCUGGGCGGCAGCGGGUGAGGUCCGGCCCCUGCCAGGACGCAGCUGGGACAGCAGAGGGGUGCCUUGCCCCAGCCUGCCUUCACGCCCCGAGGACGGACACAGGGCUGUUCUGCUCACUUGGCAAGGAUGCUGUGCCUGCCACGGAGGCCGUUCUCGGAGGCUUGCUUGCAGACGGGGCCCGCGCCACCGAGGGGCACACACCUGUGGAAAGCCAAGGACCACCUCUUGGAUCAGCCCGCUGGCCAUGGCCUGCCCAGGCACCUCUGCUUGAAGCGGGCAUUGUGUGUGGAGCGCCCUCUGCCCGCCAUCAGGAGGAGGAGCCCAAGCCGCUCGCCAGCAGCUUCAAGCUUGCAGCCGGGACGGACAGGCCGGGCCGUGUGCCUUCCUGGCCUGCUUGGGCUUGGUUCCUCUCGCAAGCCUGCGUCCGGCUUCUUUUGUGACUGCCUUCCCGCCCACGCGGCCUUGGCCACUCGCCAGGAUCCCUUGUCUGCAGAACAGUUGGCCAGCAGGCCUGGGCCUCCAGUGUCUGUGGGCGGCGGCCAUCCAACAGGUACCUCACUCGUGCUGCGGCAGCAGGGGUGUGCAGCCUGCUUCCCGUUGCCCCGCUCCUGCAGCCUCCGCCUUAUGCCCCCUCACCAGAGGGCCAGCUUGCUGGCGCUGGCCACGCAACCCACCAGCAAGGGGGGGCGGGGGGGCAGGUCAGCUGAAGGCAAGACUGGCCUCUCUCUGCUGGGCUCCAGGCGGCAGCGUCUGCCUGCUCCAAGGGCUGCCGGGGCUCUCCCUGGUUCUGGGGAGCCGCUUUCCGGCUCAGGCUCCCAGCAGCGUGGGGUCCCGCCGUCCAGCACCGCCCCAGCCAGUCGCAGCCCAAGGCUUAGCCCUGCUGCCCCUUCCUGCCCCUGCUGCGUAGUUGUGCUGCUUUGGCUAUGGAGAGCUGCGGGGGGGGAGGGGGCAGCCCCCCCCACCCCGGCAGCCCUUUCCCCUGGGGCAUCUCCAAGGGCAGGCUUCCCUGUGCCUCUCCCCCCAGGCUAGCCCCAGCCUCUGGGUGCGGGGGGGGCCUUGGGGGCUGGGGCCCAGCGGGAGCCCCUCUCUGCCUCCCUCCCUCCCGGCUGUCUCCACCCAGCUUUCUCUCUGGCAUGUGGGUGUGGAAGGACCCCCCAUGGAGUCCGGGGGGGGCUUAUUCCUCAUGGGCUGGACCCCGCUGCCUGGGGAGGAGGGGCAGAGAAGAGAAGCAGCCCCUUGCCCCCCCCCCGGAGCAGAGAGGCCCCUUCCCCCUGGCAGCACCUUGGCGUCUGCCACGACAGCCACGGUCACUGCAGCCCACGGACUCCCCUGGGCCGGGAUGGGGCUGCCCCCCGCCUGCAGCCACAUCUUGGCCGUGGGCAGAGGCGGCCCCCGCGCUCCCCCCCUGGCUCGGCUGGUGAACCUUCUGGGCUUGUGUUUGUCUUCAAGCUGAGCCCCGUCAGCCACACCCGGCGUCUCAGCGCCGUGUCUCUUCCGUGGCGGAGCACGAACAUCCGACGGGUGCUCUAGGCCGGGGAACAGGCCUGCAGAAGACGGCCAGGGGGGAGAGAGGGUGGCGGUGGCUUGCGGCCGGGGGGGUGGUGCCACCCCUCUGCUCAGUGUCUCCUGGAAGCAGAUGUGGCUUUCAGGAACCCCGCUUGUUUGGUCCUGGGUGCAGCAGGGACUCUGGGAGCUCCUUGCUUGAGUCCUUUGGGAAACAAAGAUGCCUUCGAGGGGUUUCCGGGGCCAGCUCAUGGCCCUGCUUGGCAACCCCCAGAGGGUGGCACUGGCCUCCUCCUCCUCCCCGGUGGGGUUGGGAAGGCGCUUGGGGCCCCCCCGGGAGUUGGCCUGUGAUGGGAGAAGAGCCUCGCCUGGCUGGAUGCUAGGCCUAGUGCGCGCACACACACACACACACACACACGCCCCAGCUGGCAGGGGGUGGGGCGGCUCGGAGGUGCCAGGGCUGCGCUGGGGGCCAGCUGCUCUCUGGGGGGCCACGGGGACCACCCCCUCACCUCCCUGGGCGAUCUCUGGGCAUUGCAAGUUGGCCCUUCCCUCCGCAGCCCCAGUGCCCGCCCACCCACUCGCCCGCCACUGCCCCUUCCUGUGCCCAGAGGGUCCCAUCCUGCCUCCCUCGCUCUGCCCCGCCCUGCCCCCAACCCCUUUCUGGUCUGAGACUCUGGGCAGACAGAUCCUCCCCCGCCCCACGGCCUGCCUUCCGCCCCCUCUGGGCUUCGGGAGUGCAGGGGCGGGUCUCCCUCGCAGGGCUGGCCUCCUCCGCAGCUGGGCCUGCCUUCCUGUGACAGCCUCUGCAGAGAGUGAGGCCCGUUCCCUCCCCUUUCUAAGCCGAAGCGGGACCGGGCUGGGGGGGAGGAAGAGGGAGCCUUGCUCUGGUUUGGGCCUCUCUCCUCGCUGGAGGGACAGGCAGCAGGCUGCCUGACCUGCUGCUGCCGCGGCAGAGCCCAGCGUGGCUCCUGGAGCUGCCCCCCCCCCCGGUGCAACACCCCUGCUGGCCCUGCUGCCUUGCCUUGCAGCUCCUCACUCAGGGCAGCACCGGCCGGGACUGGCUCGGCAGCUCCCAAUUGCUUGGGGAGACGGCCCAAAAUGGUGGAGGUGGGGGCAGGGUUAGCUCUGUCCCCUGCCGCCCCCCCCCCCAGCUCCGGCCUUUCAUUUCAGUGCAACCCCCGGGGGCUGCUCUUAGCGCCAAAGUGCCAGCGGCCUUAGACCCUCCUCCGAGCGGUGCGGUGCUUGCAGUUUUGACAACUCUCCCAAAGCAGAAACGGAAGCCCCUUUUGCCCUUCAGGAAACUGAGCGAUGGUGUCUCGGAACGGCCUGGUCCCAGAUCCACACGUGUAUGAAUUGAGGGGAAGCCGCGAGCCAGUUUUUUUACACUUUGCAGUGGGGCGGGGUGGGGCGGGAGCUAAUAAAAGCGAUCUUUUCUCACUUAGUUUCUGUAGUUGUGAUAGGUGAGGUUGAUUAACUUAAGCCUGACCCUCGUUAGCAGCUUUGGAGGGGAGCCCUCUUCCCCGCCCCCCCUCCCGUGCGGGGAGCCCCCAGAGCAGCCUUUCUGCCUGGGCCGGCCUUGGGCGGGGUCUUGCCCCCCUCGAGUGUGAAUCUGGCUUCCUGGAGAGGCGGGCGCUUCAGAGGGCCACGUGUGCCGGGGGGGGGGGGCCGCUGAGAGGCGCUGCUGCGGUGCUUGGCUUCUGUAAACCUCGGAGGGGCCUUCCUCUCCCCCCCCCCUUGGAUUUGUACGGUACAAGCAAUAAACGUGUUUUGGUUUGUUUCUA